AGGUUACACAUUGGGCCAACGUAUUUGGCUCAUUGUGUACUUCCGCCUUUACAACCAUUUAGUAGGUAUUAACGAGCAGCAGCUAGUCGAGCAGAAAAAUUGUUUACACUAAGUAGGUAUAUAUUUUUUAAUGCAGUAUUGCGUAUUUCAUAAUAGGAAUGUUUACGUAGUACUUAGUAGUUGUUUACGUACAGCAAUAGUAGAUUACAUACCGAGGCCAAUAAAAUAAGAAAUGUCUCAGAACACAUGUAAUUAUCGGCGGAAGCGAAGCUGAGGUCUAUUAUGACAUACGCAAUACUGCCUUAAAAAAAUAUUACGUAUCAAAAGAAACUAAAAAAGUAAAGCACAUUUUAUUAAAAUCCUAAAAUUUACACCUAAACAUAACACUUAUAAUUACUCAUCCUCGUCACUGUCUGUAUUAAUACUAACAUUUAUACCUUCGGUCUUGAACAGUGCACAGAGUUUAUGGCUAGGCCGCGGAAUUCUGGAUAAAAAUCUGCCAUACGACAAGUAAUAUAUAAUUGCCGCUACAUGUGAACAACAACCUACUGUUCUUAACCCAUUCGCACAUUCACAACAAUAUUGAUCGAUUGCUUCUACUCCCGUCUUUUCGCCAUCAUACUUUAUGAAGCAUCUAUAUACCUUCUUAGACAUAUGCCGAGAAUGUAUCUGUAUUUUACGGUUAAUGGUCGUAAGACUUGGUAUUGUGGUGUCCAAAUUAUACUCCUGAAUUCGAGGAUACUCCUAACUAAAGAAUAAAAUAAUAAUUUAUAAGUAUUUGGCCGUUUGAAGGGUUGUCCGACACGAAGAAUCAUUCCUAACCUUUUAUAUGCACGUUUACCUACAUAAAUAAUCAAUAUCCUCAUUAUAGUUUAGUUGCGAGUCCAUAGUGACACCUAAGUCCUUAAUGGAAGAUACUCAUGCUAUAUUAUUACCAGACAAAUUAUAAUUAUAAAUUAUCGGGUUGUGUUUCCGAUCAAAACUAAUAACAUACAGGACGAAAUUAUCUUAAUCUUUUUGCAAUAAUAGGCAAUCUGCUUCCGAAGACACAGCUUUAUGAUUAUUUGUGUCAUCAGCAUAUAUAAGGUGUUCAGAGCUACGGAAAAAAGCUACGCCAUAUCAUUGAUAUAUGUACAAGAUAAAAAAUAAAGGACCAAGGUGUGACCCCUGUGAGGUACUCCAGAGGGGAUGGGGAGAAAACGAGAGUUUCUCCUUUCCUUUCAAGACCACAGCUUGGCUACGAUUAGACAGGUAAGAUUUAAUCCACCUCAGGAGGUCACCGUCUGCAUACCGAGAUCGAAAAGUUUCUUAAUCAAAUUUUUAUUUUUCAACACAAAUUAUUAUUAUUAAUAUCUGAGUCGGACUGUUUUGUUUUUUUGUAAGCUUGUUUCAUGGCGUUAGUGCACUUCAAAUAUUUGCAAAAACGGCCUAAUUUAUUAGGCCGCAAAGAGAAACAUGGUAUUCAAAACUGAAAUUUAAAGCAAAACAGUCCGACACAGAUAAUUUUAUUACCAUUUACAUCUCAAAAUUUCGUUACAUUUGGUUAAGUUUUGGAGGAAGAAACAAUUGAGUACGAAACAUCGUUUUUUGAGAUUUUUACGCAGCAUUAUUCACCUAAUCUGGAAAUUUGUUUAUUUACCUGUUAGGGUAAGUCGAUUUGAGUUUAAAAAUAACUCUAUUUUGACGGGCGGGUAACUGCGGAACCCUACACUGAGCAUGGUCCGACAUAUAAGUCUAGGCCGGUUUUUUGAAAUAACUUAAAAUAUUGAAUUGAUAGUUCUAGGAAAUGAGCCAAAGCACCAUGCUCCCGCGGUUCAUUCUGUACGGCGCAAGCCAGGAAAGAUCAUGAGGAGGUGGAGGAAAAUGCUUUGAAAUCGUCAACCAUUUUCCGGGGCUCGCUCUUAGUCUAGCGGGUCAUCUACGUGUCUACGUGUAUUUGUCACACGAACGUCAGAUACACAUGCGCCAUCGCUAAGAAAUCCUUCCUAGUGUGGAGCGUAUAUAUACCUAUAUAUAAGUAGGCGGAUACAGCAGUCGAGUUCUUAGUGGAUCUCAGAGACCGUCUAUCUCUGAUAAUGGCGCCUCAAGGGACUGACGCGAAUGCUGUGCUGUUCGAGAAUGACGCAGAGACGGAGGACGUGGCUCUGGCGAAGAUGCCGGUCCAGCAAGCCGGGGAUGAAAAGUGGGAGCUCCAAUACGUGCGGCAUAUCCUCUUCUACGGUCUGCUGAUUUAUACAGCCGGGCUGUAUGGAGGCUACCUGUUCCUGGUAUCGGCGACAUGGCAAACGAAGAUAUUUACUAUCUUUUUGUAUGUGACGUCGAUUUUGGGCAUCACAGCGGGAGCCCACAGGCUCUGGAGCCACAGGGCCUACAAGGCUAAAUGGCCUCUCCAACUCAUUCUUAUGAUUCUUCAAACUAGUGGUCUCCAGUACUCAGUGAUAGACUGGGUGAAAGACCACCGAAUGCACCAUAAGUAUGUGGACACGGACGCGGACCCGUACAAUGCUUCACGCGGCAUGUUCUUCGCUCACGUCGGUUGGCUGAUGGUGGAUAGGCACCCGGAGUUCAAGCGCAAGAUCAAGGGGAUGGACCUUAGUGACGUCGAAGCCAAUCCCAUACUGCGGUUCCAGCAUAAAUAUUACGCAAUCCUGGUCGCGAUUAUUUGCGUCAUUCUCCCCUCUGUUACCCCGGUCUACUUCUGGAACGAGACCUGGACAAACGCCAUCUUCGUGCCCGUAUUAUUCCACCACGUCUGCACCUACAACACCAUUGCUUUAGUCAACUCCGUUCUCCACAAAUGGGGGUACAGGCCAUACGACAAAGAUAUGAUGGCUACAGACAUUAGUCUACUCACUAUGGUCACACUUGGAGAAAACUACCAUAAUUACCAUCACGCUUUUCCUUGGGAUUAUAAGACGUCAGAACUCAAGGGAAGCACGUUUAUGUUGACUACGGCGUUCAUAGAUUUCUUUGCGAGGAUCGGCUGGGCUUAUGACUUGAAGACCAUCUCUGAUGACGUCAUUAGGAGGCGUGUUAUGCGUACUGGAGAUGGUACGCACAAUAUUUGGGGGUGGGGCGACAAGGAACAGUCUAAUGAAGAGGUGAAUGAAGCUGUAAGAAUAUACCCUAAAGAUGAUUAAAUAUGUAAGCCUUCUCUUCGUACGCGAUUUACGUAUAGGAUUUGGUAAAGUAUCGUUAUUUGUAGCUAUAGUACAAUACUAUACUCUUUAUUUCACACCUCAAUAAAACAAAACGGUACAAAUCAGAAACUUAAAAGCAGAUGUAACACAAUCAGCGGUUUUAUCGCUAAAGAGCGAUUUCUUUGGGAGAACCUUGUGGAGGGGAGCGGAUUCGUUUCAAUAAAUAUUCAUAUCAAUCCUAGUAGGUGAUGCAAAAAAAAUUGAUAGAAAGGCUAAGUAUAAUAAUAAAAUGACACCGUAAAAACCCAUUUUUUUUUCAUUGGGGCGAUACGGAAAACUAGUUUUAGCUAAGGAAAACGCGUAAUAACUAAAACUGGGUUAUAUAAUAUAAAGAGGUGAGAGCCUGCCGCAAAAACUGAAAUUCAAAAAUUGCUGAGAUCUUUUUCUUUUAUUCCAAUGAAGGUUUAAUUAGAGUGACAGAGAAAGAAGCCCACAAUUUGCGAACUUCGAUUUUAUUGCCAGUUUCAUGAAGCGAAUAAAUUUGAAGAUCGUCUAUUUAAUUGGUACCUACCUUCCUUCUUGCAUUAAAUAGGGGUCGGCUGGUUAUUUUAUAAUGUUAAUAGUGACAAAAUGUUCUUGUUAAAUUCAACUGUCUGUCCUUAAAAGCCCACCCAAGGUCAUAGUCAAAUAAUAGAAUAAGUUUUUGUCAAAAAUUUCAUUUUAGUACCUACAAGCUUUUAUCGCUGACUGUGUUUUUCUUUCCACAGGCAACUAAUACUCAUCGAGACAAUUCUAAAAACCCCAAACACAAUGAGGUUGCGUUGUUUUAUCAGUUAUCACAGAGUUCCUAUGGCUACCUUCUGUCUCCAUCAACAGAUUAGCUCAUUGCUCAUAAUAUUGCAUUGUCACCCGACAGCGUCUUGUAAGCGUCUCGGUACUAGAACUUAACCAUUGCUGUGUUUUUGGAUACUUCAACCUAGUUUGGAUAUUCUAGCACAGCAACGGCGGUCUAUAUUUAGAAACACUAAGAACGAAUAAUAAUAUAAUCAGUAUUCGCGUAAACCUCUGGCUUUAAAUCUCGUCCCCAACGCUUCCCGCCUUAUAAAUACCUAUAUUUUUAGGCAUAAUUCUCUAGUUUUUAUUCAUUAACUGGUUGCCCAAGAUACAGUUUAUGCCUACUUUGGGGACCCCUGUUCCAACGGUUUAUUAUAAAAGUACCCACUGUUGAACCCAUUUUUGUGUGUGCAAUAAUAAAUUAUUUUUUCAUUUUUCAUUACUACAUCAAAAUCGAUUUGGUUAUGACAAUCAAAUUUCGAACAUCUCUGAAAAAAGCAAUUCGAUUCGACCUCUAUUCUAAUAUUAGUCGAGAUGCAUUUUGGUUCGACAUGAAAUGUAAAUUGCAUACAAUUUUGACAAAUGUCAGUCGAGAUUCCUUAUUGUUCAACGUGAAAUGUUAAUUGCACACAAUUUUGUCAAAUCUCGCACGCUAGUUUGUAUCUAACGAUACGGACAUAGGCUCCCGACUCUAGUUUGUCUCUUAAUUUAAAAAAAAAACUACGAAUGCGUGACAUGCAUGAAAAAGUUUUCAUAUACUGUACGUCAAAUGGCGGUAAAUGAAAACUUUUUUCACGGAUGUCACACAUUCGUAGUUUUUUUUUAAUUCAGAGACAAACUAGAGUUGAGUGCCUAUUUCGGUAUCAUUCGAUACAAA